GUUAUUUGGUUGUCCCAAACGAGACCUCAAUUUUGGGCAUUAGAAAUGGACGGCGGCGGCAGCAACGAUGCUACAAAGUGGAGUGAAACAGUGGAAGAUCUUGUUGACGCCGGCGACACAGACAAAGCCAUUUCAUAUCUCGAAACCCUCGUUUCAAAUCUCGAAAACAAGUCCGAUGAGUUGGGUAAAUUAUCUACUCUUCUUUUCGACCUCUCCAGACUCUACUCUACCAAAGGCUUGUCUCUUAAAGCCGACCACGCUCAAUCUCGUGCUAUAACCCUUCAACAGCUCUCUCAUCACGCUCAACAUGAUGUAAAGGCAGUGCAUACAUCAAAGGAAUUUCAUGUUUUGCACAAUGAGACUUCAACUAGUGAGGAAAUCAUGGAAAAUGGAAAUGCUGACAAAUCUUUGAAGUCACUAGAUGAUAAUUCACCAAUGGGUGGUUGUUCUGAUGAUGACUGGGAAGCAGUAGCUGAUCGUGCACCUGAGGAAUUGUUAUCUACAGAAGAUAUACCAGAUGUAUCGAAUAUCUCACUAAAAGAUAAAGAUACUCAAAUCAUCAAGCGCCGCGGGAGAGGAACAUUUUCGUACAAGAAGCAAGGCUUGUAUAGUGAUCAACAUUCUGAUGACCCUGCUAUUGAUAUCUCAGAAGAUGAAGUCGCGACUGAUAAUUCACAAGACACAGCCCAUGGUUCACAAGACACCAAAAUAAGAGAUUUAAAAUAUGGUACACGUCAUGUUCUUGUUCUGGCUGAUUUUCCACCAAGUACCAGAACAAAUGACCUCGAGAAGCUAUUAGAAGGCUUCAAAGAUCGUUUUGCAGUGCGCUGGGUCAAUGAUACAGUUGCUCUAGCAGUUUUUGCAACACCAUCAAUUGCUCGCGAGGCAUGCAACUCCCUGCAAUGUUCGUUUAAAUCGCAUAUACUUGAAAGCGAUGAUGAUCUUUUGAGCUCAAUAUCACCCAAAGAUCUGGAACCACCUCGUCCAAGGCCCAAGACAUCAGCUAGAGCAGCCAAUAGGUUAAUUGCUAAUGUAAUGGGACUAAAGUUGCCCUCUUCAAGCUUUGGGGCUAGAGAACUGAGACAACAAGAAGAAGCAAGAAGGAAGAGGAUUGUCUCUAGACAAAGCAUGAAGGAUGAUGCUUGGGGCGAUGAUUGAAUUAGACCUUAUUAGAUAUUUUGUCAUGGUCUCAAUAUUUCUUUCAGUAAUUUUAAUGUUUAGGUGUGGUAUCUGAUGAUCACUGUACUUCAGGGGAAAAAAAGGUCACUGACACAGAAUUGCCACAAAAACACACACACACACACACACACACACACACACACAUGUUAUUAAGAGUUCACUCCAGUUAAUUGGCUUUGCUUUUAAUGUUGACUUUACUGGGAUAUUGCUGGUGCUGGCUUUUUUAAAUUGAUAUACUGUAUUAAACUCUUCCAAAACUGUUAGCGCUUUCCUUAUAGUUUGACGUCCAUGGAAGAUUAGCACAUAGAACCCAAGUUUUUGUAGAGUAGAGUGAAAACAUUACAUUAUUGUCAAUUCAUUGGAUCUAAUGUUUUUUUAAAGCAGGAGUUCCUCCUUCGUUUUUCUUUCA